AUGAGCCAUCCAUAUACUCCAUAUGAUAUUCAGAUCCAAUUAAUGGAUGCUAUUUAUGAUACGAUAGAGAAUGGUUAUAAAAUUGGUAUAUUCGAAAGUCCUACGGGUACUGGGAAGACUUUGUCUAUUAUAUGUUCAUCUAUGACCUGGUUACGUGAAUAUAAGAGAAACAAUACCUUCCAGGAAACUUCAAAUGGAAAGACAGGUACACAAGAAGAAAGCGAUGAAGGUGAAGAAGAAGAAGAACCUGAAUGGGUUAAAACUGCUUAUCGAGAAUCAAUAGUAAAUCGAUCCAAGAGCAAAUUAAAGGAGUAUGAACAAUAUUUAGACAAACUUGAAAAUGAUUUUACAAGCAACGUUAGGAGAGAGGAAAAAUUAAAGGAGAAAUCAUUCAAGCGAUUCAAAGUAGACAAACUGUCUGACUCACAGGAAGAGUUUCUCCCGGAUGAUUACUACAGUGACUCCGAGCUAAAUACAAUCGAAGAUCAAAAUGAAAAAUUAUCAAAGGAAAUAAACAAGUUAAUGAAGCGCGCAGAAUCAGCUAAUGACGUAAACUUCCUUAAUGAAUGUCCAAUUAAGAUUUUUUAUACAUCUAGAACCCAUUCCCAAUUGAAUCAAUUCUCGGAUCAAUUGAGACUAACCAAAUUCAAGGCAUCAUUUGAUGAACUAGAAGAACGGACAAAAUAUUUGCCCCUUGGUUCAAGGAAACAAUUAUGCAUAAAUGACAAGGUCAGAGCAUUGCGUAUUGACCAAAGUAUGAACGACGCUUGUAUUGAUUUACAGAAAACGAAAGAAGGGUGUGAGUUUCUUCCCAAGAAUUACAUGAAUUCAGGAUUAACUAAAGAAUUUGCUGAUCUCAGCCUUGCUCAAAUCAGAGACAUAGAAGAUUUGAACUACUUGGGUACAAGUAUGAAGGUAUGCCCAUAUUACUCGGUUAGAAGAGGCAUUGAAUUAACAGAAAUAAUUUCAUUGCCCUAUCAAAUGCUAUUUCAAGAUUCCACAAGAGAUAUUUUAAACUUGGAUAUCAAGGAUUCAAUAAUUAUUAUUGACGAAGCUCACAAUAUCUUGGAUGUAAUAACUUCAUUAUAUUCAGUGAAAAUCAGUAUUGAUCAAUUAACCAAAGUUACAAAAUCCUUAAAAUUGUACCGUUCCAAGUUCCUCAAGAAAUUGAAUAGUGGAAAUCGAAUCAAUUUGCUGAAAUUAGUUAAGAUUUGUGAACUAUUAACCAAAUUCAUUGAGUCUUGUGAAAAAUCGAAUAGCAUAAAAUCAGGUGAAGAAGUUCAAAUUGAAGAUAUUUUCAAGAAUUCAACAGGGGAUCUACUCAAUGCUCGUAAUUUAGACCAAUACUUACAUAAAUCCAAAAUUGCGUACAAAAUCGAAUCAUACCUCGAGAAAACCGAAAAUGAAACCAGAAGUAGUUCCAAUCCACUUUUGUUUGUCAUUGUCAAGUUCCUCAAAAGUAUAGCGAACCCUUCGAAGGAGGGGAAAUACUUUUGGGACAAGAGUAACGGAACAACUACUUUGAACUACAUGUUACUAGACCCCAGCGCAGCAUUCAAAGAAAUCAUAGACCAAGCCAAAUGUGUUCUUUUAUGUGGAGGUACAAUGGAGCCAAUGUCUGAUUAUGUGGAUUAUCUUUUCCCAUUGGUCCCAGUUGACAAAGUCAAGAAGUUCUCAUGUGGACAUGUAAUUCCAAAGAAUAAUCUUGAAGUAUUCCCAGUUUCACAAAUGAAUGGUACUGAGCUUGAAUUUCUGUUUGAGAAGAGACAAGAUGUGAAAUUGAUUUCUGCAUUAGGAUCGCUUAUCGUUGAAGCUUGCAAAAGAAUCCCUUAUGGAGUUGUUGUUUUCUUCCCAAGUUAUAAGUACCUAAAUCAGGCAUUAGAAAUAUGGGAAAAAUCAGGUAUUAUGAGAUCAAUUCGAUCAAUAAAGUCAGUUUUUCAGGAGCCUUCAGACUCUUCCAAAGUUGAGCAAGUAUUAUCUCAGUACAGUCAGAUCAUUAAUAACGAGAAAAAGGGUGCAAUUCUCUUCUCAGUUGUGGGAGGCAAGAUGUCUGAAGGGAUUAACUUUUCCGACAAUCUUGCAAGAGCAGUCCUUAUGGUUGGAUUACCCUAUCCCAACGCAUAUUCUGGUGAAAUGAUUGCUAAAAGAAAGUUCAUCGAGAAUAGCGUGCUCACCAAAGGAGGUACUAGACAAGAAGCUAUGGACAAAUCAAGAAAUUAUUAUGAGAAUAUAUACUACAACAAACCAAUCAAAUCUUUGAUGCCACUAAUGAUUUCUUUAUAA